AUGAUCGGCUAUCUACUUGUCUUGCUGGUCGGCCGGUACAGUCUAACCACAGGUUCAACAGUGAACAACCUUGUACUGUCUUACGCGUCUGUGCUCGAUAUGCUUGCCAUGCCGCCUAUAUUGCCGGUUCAUCUUUUGUCUUCAUUGACUACUUCAUCUACUUCGAUAUCGUCGGUGCAAUGGUUAGUGGAGAACUACGAGACUGCCGAAGGUGUGAGUCUUCCUCGGAGCACGUUGUACUUCCACUAUCUGCAACAUUGCAACGAGCACAAGUUGGAACCGAUGAAUCCGGCCUCGUUCGGCAAAUUGAUCCGUUCCGUCUUCUUCGGGUUACGCACCCGUCGACUGGGUACCCGAGGAAAUUCGAAAUAUCAUUAUUACGGCAUUCGCAUCAAACCCACGUCUCAUUUAAAUCAUUUCGUCGAAGACGCAGGGUUCUCGUUGCGCCACUAUCCGAAUUACCAUCGACAGACGAUGGAGGCAGCGGCAGACUGGAAAAACUUUACCAGCUCCUCCAUGAGUCGAUCCAAGUCCAUCAUUGGCCCAACGAACACCGUUCUGGGCCCGACUUAUCACACCCCUUUACAAUCCAUGGCAGCCCAGCACCAUGAGUUUGGCGCCUCGUCGUUGCGUUCUGACAAGCCCUCCUACUUGUCCUCCACGAAUACUGCUGGAAGCGGGGGAACAUCACUGAGUUCAGGUACGACCGACCCAGUUCCCUCGACUGGGACGGUCUCCAGUCCAACUCUUAACACGAGCAGCCAGCAUCAACACGCCCAGUUCCUAGGGGAAGCAAGCUCUGCUUUGCCGAAUCUGGACGAAAUUUGCCGAUCCGCUGGAUUACCUGUUCCUGGUGAAACGGAUCUGGCUUCGCUCACAAGUGAAAGCACAGAUUCCGGCAAAUCCAAGGCCAAGCUUAGUGUUGGUGCCGUAUCACACGAUCCAUCUUUCUGUGCGGACGUGAUCGCAUUUUGUCGUCUGUACGCCUUGUCCGCCAGUUACAUGCUGGACGCCGUCGUCAACCUGGAUUUCACAGCAAUUGAGACGGUGUGGAAAGCAUUUUGGCGCACUGAUGAAGUCAGGGACUCACGUUUGAGACAAAGCCUGUCACAGGAGCGUCUGCACACACUGGUAUGCGAUCCAGGCGUACUGCAAUUCGUUCGGUUGUAUGAUCAUACGUUUUAUCAAUCGCUCGCCGAAGUACUCAUUCCAAACGUCUUGCGACCAAUUCCGCACGCCUUAACCCAAGCGAUUCGCAAUUUUGCCAAGUCUUUAGAGGGCUGGAUGCGUCAGGCCACCCAUGGUUUAGACAACACAUUGGUCACGUUGAAGCUGUCCGCUGUAUCGGCUCUGGCGCAGACAUUGCGACGCUACACCAGUCUCAACCAUCUGGCACAGGCCGCUCGCACUGUCCUCAAGAAUAGCAGUCAAAUUAAUCAAAUGUUGACUGAUCUGAAUCGCGUGGAUUUCAACAAUGUACAGGAACAAGCUUCUUGGGUGUGCCAGUGUAGCGAUGCCACGGUCAGUCAACUGGAGCAAGACUUCAAACGUAUUUUGCACAAACACGCCUCCUUGGAAGAAUGGGCUCAAUGGUUGGACACCGUCGUAAUAAACAUUCUACAACCACUCGAAGGGAAUAGUUUGGCCUACACUCGGGCAGCACACCAGCUCAUACUGAAAUGGUCUUUCUACAGCUCCAUGGUGAUUCGUGAUUUGACGCUUCGCUCCGCGGCCAGCUUCGGCAGUUUCCAUCUUAUUCGUCUUCUCUACGAUGAGUACAUUUUCUAUCUUGUGGAGCACAAAGUGGCCGCUCAUUUGGGCAUGACACCCGUGGCCGUCAUGGGCGAAAUGGGUCGAGUAAGUACAGUGAGCUCCCUCACAUCGUUUGAUUUACCUGUUUUGUUGCCCUUGUCCUGUUCGUGCAAAUAG